AUGAAACAAGUUCUACCUGGCCUGCCUGAAGAGCUGGCCAUAACUCUCUCACGCCAAUGGCCUUGCAGGGAACUUCAAAUCCGACAGCUUGCGUGCUUGUUAAAUCCCGCUCUCCCAUCUCCGCCCGCCAUAAUAGUCCAUGGGCCUCAGGGCUCGGGGAAAUCAAGCAUCCUAGCCGUGUUGCUAGCCGCGCUUAACGAACCUGCAGCGGUAAAUCCACAAGGUCGGAGGGACGAAGGAUUUGAAGGGCCGAAACAAAACACAAUACUAUUACUACCUUACGCGGUUGUGAAAUGCGCGGAAUGUAUUACGGUGCGACAUCUACUGGGCAAGAUUGUGGCGGCGGCUGUAUCAGCCGCAUGUGCUUCAGCUUCAGCUUCCUUCCCGGAUGAGGAUGCCCGUGCCAAAGCCAAGUGUGACCAUAUCAGUUCGCUUCCCGGUGUGCUCACGGAUAUUUUGGAUAGUGUUGGCUGUGAAAAAUUUGUCCUGGUUAUGGAUGGUAUCGAUGCCUUGAAGGAAGGGGGCCAGAUGCUCUUGGCUGCUCUGGGGAGAUUGGGCGAAUUGGUCCCAUCGAUAUGUAUGGUAUUCGUCAUGCGAUCUUCCCCACGACCGCUUUUGCUGCAAGUCGCUGGAAUUCCCCAUGUUCAUUUCCCUCCGUAUUCGCGGGAUGAAGCAAUUUCGAUACUUGUUGCUUCCCCGCCGCCUGAAUUGCCUGGAUUACCCUUGGAACCUGCUCUGAAGAUAUACCCACCUUUCACAUCAACUGUCUAUGACUCUCUCAUUGGACCAACCGCCAGCACUAUCCCUGUUUUCCGCUCUGCGUGUGAGAAACUCUGGCCGCGGUUUGUAUCUCCUAUAAUCAACAACGAAAAACCUCCGGGUUUGAACCCCCGCGCUCAGUGGGACUUUUCCCGUCUCCUUGUUAGAAAUCGGGCUUUAUUCCAGCAUCAGGGUGAAGAGGUGUUGGUACAUCACCUCAUUACUGAUUCAACGGCCGCAUCAGAAACUAGCACGAUAACUUCAGCUUCACCUCAGCCCCUCGCAGGGUCAAGAUCAUUGUCGCCAUUUUCAUCACUCCCUUAUCUCCCAACCCUAAUCCUCACCGCUGCCUUUCUGGCAGCCCACGUUCCACCCCGCCUUGACACAAUCUUCUUCUCGAAGUUCUCCUCAUCCUCUCUUUCCGCCCGAAACAAGCGCGCCCACCACCGCCGACGCCUGAAAGUUCUCUCCCAAGCCCAAACUCAAGAACAGGACCUAGAUAUUCCAGACAGCGCAACCGCGCCGUCAAUAACACCCAGCACGACCAAAAGACGUAAAUCCAAACACACAAAAAUCACAAAAUCGGCUCUGUCAUCGGCGCUGGCAUCUUCGUCCUCCGCCGGCAAUGCCGGCGCAGGUUUCAUAACCCCCCGCCCGUUUCCCCUCGAACGCCUCCUCGCCAUCUACCACGCCAUCGACCCAAACCCUCCCACCGUGCUAACCACAAAUAAUUCCAUUGCCGAUACAAUAUAUUCAGAGCUAGCCACCCUGCAGCGACUACGUCUGCUUGUCCCCGCGUCUUCGGCUGCGGCUGCAGACGGUGCGGAGAAGUGGUGUCUCAACGCGGGCGUGGCAGUUAGCUCCAGCUCUACGGAGCCGAGCGAGUGGAUUGUGGAGAUGGCCAGGGAAAUUGGGGUUGAGGUUGGCGAGUACUUGGCCGGGGGGCUAGAUUGA